GUCGGAAAGGAUAGAAUGAGGAUUUCAUGGAUUACGGAAGACUCAGGCACGCCGGCGACAGUGGAAUACGGCACGUCGCCGGGAAAUUACCGGUUUUCUGUAAACGGCGGUACUACAAACUAUACCUACGUGCAAUACAAGUCCGGCGAAAUCCACAAUGUCGUCGUCGGCCCGCUGAAUCCAAGCACCGUCUACUACUACCGUUGCGGCGGCCGAGCCACCGAGUAUAAUUUUAAAACCCCACCAUCUUGGUUCCCUAUCAAAUUCGCCGUCAUAGGUGACUUAGGACAAACGGAGUGGACCAGAACAACCCUAGAACGCAUCGGAAAGUCCAACUACGAUAUGUUGCUCCUACCGGGGGACCUAUCCUACGCCGAGACAAACCAGUCACUGUGGGACUCGUACGGCCGCCUGGUGGCGCCGCUAGCGCGCCGGCGGCCGUGGAUGGUGACGGAGGGCAACCACGAGUAUGAAACCCUCCCACCCGUCCACACAACCCCAUUCACCGCCUACAACGCAAGAUGGCACAUGCCGUACGAGGAAAGCGGCUCCAACUCCAACCUAUUUUAUUCUUUCGAUGUCGCCGGCGUUCAUGUCGUGAUGUUGGGAACCUACGCCGAUUUUUGGCCCGGAACGGCGCAGCACACGUGGCUCAAAUCGGACCUAGGAAAAGUUGACCGAACGAAGACUCCGUGGCUGAUUGUGCUUGUACAUGCGCCUUGGUACAACUCCAACACUGCACAUCAAGGAGAGUACCAUGCCGACCACAUGAAGGCGGCCAUGGAAGAUUUGAUCUUUGAAGCUAAAACGGAUAUCGUGUUCGCCGGCCAUGUUCAUGCAUACGAGCGGUUCACUCGAGUUUACAAAGAAGAAGUUAAUGAUAGUGGCCCAUUGUAUAUCACAAUUGGGGAUGGGGGUAAUCUUGAAGGCCUUGCCACCAAGUACAUAGAUCCACAACCAAAGAUAUCAUUGUUUAGGGAAGAAAGUUUUGGGCAUGGAGAGCUAAACGUGGUAAAUGGAAGCCAUGCAAGGUGGACAUGGCACAGAAAUGAUGAUGAUGAAGGAGUUGUAGCUGAUAGUGUAUGGAUAAGGAGCUUGUCUUCUCAUCAAUAA